AUGGCUGCCACCAAAAAUGAACAAGGCGUCCCUCUCGAGGAGAAUUAUUCCGACACCUUACCUGAGAAACAGAUAUCUUCCAAGGAGGACCCACUCGACGAAUCCACUGUUGUCGACUACGAUGAGAAAAGCCAGAAGAGACUUCGACGUCGCCUCGAUGUCCGAGUCGUACCUCCGCUGUUUGCCCUUUUUUUCGUCUCUUUCCUGGACCGUGGCAACAUCGGCAACGCAAGAAUUCAAGGCCUCGAGGAAUCACUGAAUAUGCAAGGGCAGGAUUAUGCGAUCGCCUUAUUCAUCUUCUUCAUUCCUUACAUCCUCUUUGAAGUGCCGAGUAAUAUCUUAUUGAAGAGGCUAAACCCAAACGUGUGGCUCAGUUUCAUUGUCACCAUGUGGGGCUGUGUGACGAUUGGUCAGGGCCUCGUCAGGAACCAUGCCGGGCUGGUUGGUCUCCGUGCUGUCCUCGGUAUCUUCGAAGCUGGUCUCUUUCCGGGCGGUUCUUUUGUGCUAUCGCGAUAUUAUGCCAGAAGCGAAAUGCAGUGGCGCUUUAGUCUGUUCGUUUCUAGCACAACAAUUGCUGGUGCCUUUGGCGGGUUGUUUGCAUACGCAUUGGCAAAAAUGGACGGCGUUGGUGGGUACGAGGGAUGGAGGUGGAUUUUCAUCAUGGAGGGAAUUCUGACCGUCAUUAUUGGCCUUCUCGCAUAUGUUUGGGUCCCUAACUGGCCGGAAAAGGUCAGGUGGCUUUCCAGCACAGAAAAGUCUAUGAUUGCUCGGAAACUUGAUCUUGAUGCCGGCGGUGGAGCUGCACGAAUGGACAGGCUGAAUAAGAAAUCGGCCAUGCGAAUCGCCAAAGACUGGAAGAUUUACGUCGGUAUCAUUAUUCAUAUUGGUUGCACCAAUAGUGCUUAUUCCAUGGCCUUUUUCCUUCCGACGGUGAUCAAUCAAAUGGGGUAUUCUGCGGAACAGGCCCAACUUUAUGUGAUUCCAGUCUACCUGGUUGCUACAGUGGUGACUCUUAGUGCCGCUGUCUUGACGGAUCGUUACAAUUCUCGAUACAUCGUUACCAUGAUCGCCUUGACAGUGGGAAUGGUCGGUUAUGCUGUCCUUUUGGCGGGCACAUCCAUCCCAGUUCGUGGAAGGUAUGCGGCUUGUUUUCUAACUGUCUCGGCGUCAUUUACUGCCUUGCCUGUGAGCCUUGCAUGGUGCAAUUUUCAGGUCUCUGGUCACUACAAACGCGCUAUCACAGCAGCGAUGAUCAUCGGGUUUGGUAACACGGGAGGUUUUGUGGGUAGUAACGUGUGGCUGCCUCGUGAAGCUCCUACCUUUAGAACCGGGGUGGCAGUCUGUCUGGGCCUGUUCUUCAUGAGCGCCAUCUUCUCGACGGUCUACUAUCUUGGCCUGCGUGCCGAAAAUGCAAGACGUGAUCGAGGCGAACGCGACUAUCGUUACACCGAAGAGGCGGACGAGCUGGAUAACAUGGGAGAUGAUCAUCCUACCUGGCGGUACAUCCUCUGA